UCAAAAGCUAGAAAGACCUUCAUAAUCUGCUCCUAUAGGACUAUCGAGUCGGGCAAAAGGACUGUCUCGAGUUACAUCAACGAGGACGAGCUGCGAUCUUCUUUUCAUUCACCACUACUCCCAAGGCAUCAAAUAGAUGCUAUGAUUAAUCUGUAGCUCUAGUUCAACCUCAACCUUCGAGAGCCCUUUCUACUAUCUUCUUCAAGAGUUUGAAAAUCUCCCUUUAUUUGGCAAUUCCUCUACUUAAAUAUUCCGCUCUCAGUGGCGAGACCCAGAUGGACUCCGCAAGCCAUACCGCAUGUGUCCUCUUUCUUGAUCUUCCACCGUCCGCUUUAGGCGGGAUCGAUCUCCUCUCCUUCACAACGACUCCUCGCUUCAAGGGCAUCAAGAACUUAACACCGGGAUGGCAUUUCGCCUUCACAUCCAGCAGCGAGUCUUUGUCAGUUCGACACGGAGCGUGGUUCUUUGUCGAUGAAAAUAAAGAGCCGCCCCAGAUUUUCAUUAAGAAAUGGGACCCGGCUACUGAAGAUUUCGUGGCUGAGCAGUCCGAGACGGAGGUGAUGCGAUGGCGGGCCAAUCUAGGAUCAAUAUGGCGAGACGGGUUGACUCCGUAUCGACAGAGUUCUGGAUCAGAAGAUUCAACUGAACAGAACGAAACACAACGAGAAGGUGAUUGGAAGGAUCUGACGAGUCGAAUCACCCCAGCCCUACUAUCCCGCAUCACUGGACCAACGCCGGAUCACUGGAGCCUUACGUCUGCGUCGUCGGCCGCUCAAGAUGUCGAUGAUAUUCCCGGGCUCGCUGAGCUAGAGUCAAAAUUUCAGCCUGAAAAGGAAUUACAUCUACUUCCCAUCGAUCUCAAGAAGACAUGGCGAGAGGGCGCGACAGGGCGAGAACGCACAACUGCUGCACAGGACCGAUCAUGGGCGUUGGAAAAUCUUAUUACGGAGCGAUGCUCCGGAAACACACCUGAAGAGCGGGAGCGAGAGAUCAUCGGCGAGCUGCAGUUCGCCUUUCUCACAUUCCUAACUCUCAACAACAACUCCUGUCUCGAGCAAUGGAAGCGGCUACUAGAGCUUCUCUUUACGAGUCGACAAGCUAUCAAAGACCGCCCGACUUUAUUCAAAGACCUACCGCAAGUGCUGAGAAUACAGCUGAGCCAUUGUCAAUAUGCCGAGAGCGGGCUCUUCGAUAUGACAGACGAGGGUGGUAGAUUUCUGAAAGGCCUGCUACGAAAGUUUCGAAAGGGAUUGGAAGAACUGGACUGGGCUGGUAAAGACGAGAUUUUUGAAGAGCUGGUCGAGUUGGAGGAGUUCUUGAAGGAUGCGUUUGGAUGGGAGCUUGAUGACUCGUUUGUCAAGCGAGGCAUGUUGGAACUCGAGGAUGGCGAGAAGGUCGAGAUGGAAGUGAACGGUUUCGACGAAGACGAUGAAAGCGGAGAGUACGCUCCGGUCGUCGUGGACUUAACGCCUGCACAGAUUAAAGCAUUGCAAGGUGACGAGUCAGAAGAGGAUAUGCAGGAUGUAGAGAGCGAGGAUGAUACUAAUCUGGAGGAUAUGGAUGCUCGGUAUUAGGGGCAGC